AUGAGUGGGUCUGAAAUUGACGGCGGUCCAACGGCAACUGGACCAGUAGACAAUGCAUGGUCGUUGAAAAUCCCAGCUUUCAAGGCAGAGGAUAAUCCCCAUCGUCUGUUAGAAGAAAGUUCAUUUGCGACUUUGUUCCCAAAGUAUAGAGAAAAAUACUUGAGAGAACAUUGGCCGCUUGUCCAAAAAGCUUUAGAAGAGUAUGCUGUCAAAGCAGAGUUGGAUUUGCUUGAAGGUAGCAUGACAGUGAAAACCACAAGGAAAACAUGGGAUCCCUAUAUUAUUGUUAAAGCACGUGAUGUGAUCAAGCUGUUGUCUCGAUCUGUUCCCUUUGAACAAGCUGUUAGAGUAUUACAGGAUGACAUUGGCUCUGACGUCAUAAAAAUAUCUUCAUUAGUGAGAAACAGAGAGAAGUUUGUGAAGAGACGUCAGAGGCUCAUUGGACCUAAUGGAUGUACGUUGAAGUCUAUUGAACUGCUGACGAACUGUUAUGUACUAGUACAAGGACAAACAGUGGCUGCUUUAGGUCCCUACAAAGGUCUCCAACAAGUGAGACGUAUAGUAGAAGACACCAUGAAGAAUAUCCACCCAAUUUAUAAUAUUAAAGCAUUAAUGAUCAAAAGAGAGUUAGCCAAAGAUCCAAAGCUGCAGAAUGAAAACUGGGAGAGGUUUCUUCCAAAGUUCAGUAGCAAGAAUGUCAGCAAAAGGAAACAACCUAAGAAUAAGAAAGAGAAGAAACCAUAUACUCCAUUCCCACCACCGCAGCAGGAGAGCAAGAUAGACAAGAUGAUUGCAUCUGGUGAGUUCUUCUUGAAGGAAGAACAGAAGAGAGCCAAGAGGAAGAGGGAACAAGAAGCCAGACAUGAGGAGGCUGAAAAGAAGAGACAGGAACGCAGGGCUCAGGUAUUUAUACCACCUGAAGAAAAGCCCACAGAACAGAAACAAGAGAAGAAUGAUAUAAAUCUGGAAGAAUUCAAGAACAAAGUGAAGAAAGGAUUGAAGAAACGUAGUGUACAGUCUUAAUAAUUCUGUUAGACUACAAAAGACUUGCUUGUUGCGAGUAAGUUUUGCAGACUAAGCCCUUAUACAUGAAGUUUUUAAUAACAUGAGAUAUGUUAUUUAUUCGUGGAUACUUUUUAUAGGAAUUAGUUAGAUACGAGCUGUUGGAAUGAUUCCAUUGUUUUAUUAAAAAACCUUGUU